AUGUGUCUCCUGCGUGCGCCGUUUCGUGUCUCUACACCUCUUACAUUUUUCUCCCCGCUGGUUCUCGGUACGAUCUCCCCUCCUCACUCGCACGCACGCACGCACGCACUCUCUCUCUCGCUAUCCAAGCCAUCCUCGCGCUCCGCCACGAUGCUUUCUUCUUCAUCCUCGAGCUCGUCGUGUCGGUGGUGGCCACCGCUCGCGCGGCCAGCAUCUCCGCAGCAUCCUCAGCAGCAGCAGCAAGGGGUGCUGCAGAGGAAUGCCCAUUUUAUGUCUCUCCUGCAGCGACCUCGAGAGGACCCUCCGCUGGCCCAGGUGGCCGCGCACAACGCUGUUCCUGCUCCGCGCGCCACCGCCGCCGCCGUCGCCUUGCCGGCGCCGGAGCAGCAGCAGCCGAUGCCGUCCCACAAGCCAUUCUCCUCUGCCGCCGCUGCGGCCCUCUCGCCGCCGCGGUUGCAACGUGAACGCGAGCAUCCACAGUACAGACGUGUGCCGACCGAUGGCACCAGCGCGACCGCGACGUGUCGUGGCGGCGGCAUCGAGGACUCAUCUUCUGCCCCAAGCGCUGCCAGCGGGUCGGCAUCGUGGCCGUACGAGAUGUCUGUUCUACCGCACCACGAUGAGCACAGCGGCAGGUCCAGCGACGGCACGUACCAGUUCACCACGACCAGCUCCACGAUGACUGAGCGACGCCCGGUCUCACCCAAACACGCUACCUCAGUGGAGUCGAGCGAUGAUGCGACGUGCUUGGCUGACCUGCGGCGGCGAGCGGCGACUCAGGCUGAGAAGCGCGGCCCUAGGCGCCAAGCAGCGCCAGGUGGCGUCGGUUCCAACGCCGCUGUCGUGUCAGCAUCGUUGUCGACGUCAUCGUGCGGGUGCCCAACGAGUUGCACGUGUCGAAGCGACGCGUCGGACGACGACGUCUUUGGCGUCUCGGCUGACGUUCACAGAAGAGCGUGGCCGGCGUGGUGUGUGCGCCAUGCAAGUCGGCCCCGCGUGGCAGGCGCCGAUGCGCGACGUGACGCGUGCACGGCCUGGAAAGCGAGGGCUGCACAGGACAUGACACUCUGCAGUGACGCCUCCUCGGAGACAGGCACGACACCGCUGCAGCAGAGCAGUGAAGAGGAGAGCGACGAUCUCUGCAGCUCCUGCCGCCAGCGUCGCUGUGAUUGCGGUCAUCCUUCCUCUGAGUGGCGUCGAGCUCAGCACGGCGACGGCGAGUCCUCACUCAAGCUGUCGAGCGAGGGCAGUUCUGAAGGCGACAGCGGGGGUGGCGACGACGGCUCACUGUGCAGUCUUUGCAAAACCGCCGCAUCCUUCGCUCACCAAGAUGACCCGUCCAGCGAAGCCGUGCACAAGAAUAGACAGUGCGCAGGGGUGCCCCCGCUCCUACGUCUUUCUAUCCCAUGCUCCUCCGCCGCUGCCAAGCGAGGCAGCGCGAGCGACGCCGCGGCGAUGGCGCAGCGCGAGGGGGAUGAUCGACGGGUGGUAUACAUGCAGAGCGCCGCCGCACUCGCCAGCGACGCAGAUGGUGAGCGACGUGGCGCGCACAGCGGUGCCGUUGCAGCGGCAAGAGAGCCGGAUCGUUGCACGGGCAGCACGCAGACGGACACCGUCGCCGCAGCUGCGACGACGGCGGGCCUAUUAGAGGAGCAGCGUCGCCGCGACGCUGAACAAGAGGCGGCGGACCUAAAGUGCAUCGCUGCUGCUCACUGCGCCGAGGUGACACUGCCACUGCUGCAGGGCGAGCUGGCCAGCUUUGAGGCCCGCGCGGCUGCGCAACAGCAGGCGCGCUUCGAUGUAGUGGAACGGCAGCUGCAGGUGUACCUUGACGAAUUUCGACAGCGCAUGCAGGAGCUGAGUGAUCUCCAGAUGCAGCAGCGUGCUACUCUGCAAGCAGAAGCGGAAGCGGCACGGCGCGCUGUUGCCCGUGUCGACCGUGCCACCUCCCCGACGGACAGUGCUCUCGUGGCAGAAGCUGCUUCGUCGCCCGCGUCACCACAGCGCACCGUCGGGACACAGCACUCGGACGGAACCCUCGAGUUGUUGACAGUCGUGCGCACAGAGGCCGCGUCAUGGAUGGCGCAGCUGCUUCUCUCCAUCGAAGCUGAGCGACGCGAUGCCGUGACGCAGGACGAGAUCGAGUCUCGCGAUCGGCUCCUACAAGUUGUCGAAGAGCCUUGCCGCCGUCAGCUGCUGCGCUGUCAAGCGGAGCUGCACCACUGGCAGCAAGAGUGCGCGGCAGUACGCCACCGAGCCUCCUUCGCGUCCGAUUUACGUGCGCUGGAGCUACAUGAGCGGCUUGCGCGGCAAGAGCUGAGUGACGAGGCGUCCAUGGGGCGGCGCGAGCUUGGCGAAGCCUUUGAGAGGCAGCUUGGCAGAGCUGCGGAGGCGGCGGCGCACUCUCAGGUGAAGGCGCUCGAGGACGAGCUCGCCAAAGUGCGAUCGAAGCUGUCCAUUGUUGAAGCCGAACGCGCCGACACCCUCGAGCACGCGAAGCAGCUUCGCCUGCAGCUUAUCCACGCGUUGCGCAUGCCCACCGUGACGCUCGUCGAUCGCUCGAGCGUGUCUGCAGCGCCUCGUAGCGCUGGUGACGCCGCCGCCGCUGCUGCCUACGGCUAUGCCAACGUGACAGCGGAAAUGGGGCGCGGCGACACGCUGGGCGUGCGUGGAGACACCCAUCAAGGCUGUGCGGAUAGCGCUCCGCAGGCUCACACUGCUUCAUUGAUGGGAUCGGGCACUGGCGUGGCCGCGUGGCACACUGCGCCGAGCGGCACCCACGACGGGCUGGAGGACUUUCCUGUGCAUGUGCGCUUUGCCCGCGCGCAUCAGGAGGCGCUGCGCGCGACCCGCGCCCAGUGCCGCACCGUGUGA